CUUGUGCGGCUGUGCCCAAACCACCACCACCACCCCGCGCGCUCCCGGUUCCCACCUCCCCUAACUAACUCCGGCCGCUGUACCCCGACACCCCAAUCCGUUCCCCCCCGCGCCAGCGCCAACCUAUAUCUUCCCCCGCCGCGCGCGCCCCCAUGACGAGAGCAAGCCGAGCGUCGCUGCUACUGUUUUGCUUGUUACUGUGAAGGUGUCAGCUGAGCUGCGUUAUCAUGAGCGGUGUCGCGGCGGCCCGGCGCUCGGCGGCGAGGGUGGGCGGUGGCAGCGGCGGGGGAGAUGAUGAUUACGAGUGCCGGGCGUGCUACGGGGUCUCCGUGGCGUGCGUGUCGCUGCUCCUGUUCUGCGUGCUCGCGGCGUCGGUCAGCGUCACCAAGGCCUGCGCCGUGGCGGGGCUCGCCGUGCUGCUGUUCGGCGUGAUCGGGUGGUUCGUGCCGCUGUGCGGCGCGGGGGGCCCGCCCGCGCGCGCCGGCGCCGCCGCGGGGGGCGGGGGGCGGGGAGCGGGCGCCGCGGGGGUGACGCGGUGCGCGUGCCGGCUCGUCGGCGCGGCGCUGAUCGCCACGCUGCCGGCGUUCGUGUUCGAGGGCCCCGCGGAGGGCGGCGCCGGCGGAGGCGGCGGGAGCAAGCACGGCGGCAGCGUGCUGUGCGCGGUGUGCCUGGAGGACGUGGCGCGCGGCGAGACGGUGCGGCGGCUGCCGGCGUGCGGCCACCUCUUCCACAGGGACUGCGUCGACAUGUGGCUGCACUCGCACACCACCUGCCCGCUCUGCCGCUGCGAGGUCUUGCCGCGGAAACCGGCGGCGAAACCUGCCCCGCCGCCGCCGGCGCAAGCCGCCGAAUCGACGUCGGCGUAUGCAGAUCCCGAUGCGUUGCCGCCGGUGUAUGUUGGAUAUAUUUAUUAUCGGCGUAAUUUUGACAAUUUGUUAAGCACACAAAGGCUGCAGAUGUUUAACGGCGAACGGCGCCCGGCGGCGAGCCAGCGCGGCGGGGAUGGUGGGUACCUCGCGUGCUACUCCGUCGUCAUGGUCUGCGCGUCGCUGCUGCUGCUGUCGGUGCUCGCCGCCACGGUGAGCAUCGCCAAGGCGUGCGUGUUCGCCGCGGCGGCCGCGGUGCUGUUCUGCGCCGUCGGCUGCGUCUCGCGGUGGUGCGGGGAUGCCGGCGGGGCUCCGGCGGCGCUGCCGACGACAGCAGCGGCGGCGGAGGAGGCGCGGGCGAGGGCGCCCGCGGCGGCGGCGUGCGCGACGUGCGGGCUCGUCGGCGCGGCGAUCGACGCGCUCCCGGCGUUCGCGUACGCGCGCCCUGCGGCCGACGACGGCGGCGGCGGCGGAAGCAAGUCGGGGAGGUGCGCGCUGUGCUCGGUGUGCCUGGAGGACGUCCAGGCCGGCGAGAUGGUGCGGCAGCUGCCGGCGUGCAGGCACCUGUUCCACGUGGGCUGCAUCGACAUGUGGCUGCACUCGCACUCCACGUGCCCGCUCUGCCGGUGCAACGUCUCGCCGCCGGCGACCAUCGUGGUGAAAGCCACAGCCACGUCGACGGCCACCGCCGCGGCGGCGGCGCAGCAGCUACCGGCUGACACGUUGCCGCCGGUGAACACUCGCCGUCGCCGUCGCCGGCCGGCCAUGGAGUGCUGCUUCCGCGUGUACGGUCUGGCCAUCGCCAACGCGGUGUCCAUCGGCGGCACGAGCCUGCUCGUCUACCAGCUCGUCAGGCUGGCGCGGACGCCGGGGAGCAAGGGCGGCGUCGUGGCGCUCGCCAUCUUCCUCGUGUUCUGGGUCAGCAUCAACGCCGUCGCCUACUCGGUCUUCUGCGGCAUGCUCUUCCCGUGGUCCGCGCUGAGGCGGUGCCUCGCGCCGCUCCCGAGCGCCGCCCGGUGGCUGCUCUGCCUGCCGUGCCGGUGCGCGCGGCGGCGGCGGCGGCGUCCGGCGACGAGCACCUCCUCGUCCGCUUCUGCUCUGCCACCGCACAUGUACGUGCUGGAACGCGAGCCGCCGGUGAGGUGGGGGGCGCGGGUUGCGACGGCGGACGACAUCCCCGCGUACGAGCAGCCGGCGGCGAGCGAGGGCGGCGCGGCGGCGGCGGCGGCGGAGUGCGCGGUGUGCCUGGGCGAGGUGGAGAAGGGGGAGAUGGUGAAGCGGCUGCCGGUGUGCCUGCACAUGUUCCACCGGCGGUGCAUCGAUCCGUGGCUGCGCGACCACUCCACCUGCCCAGUCUGCCGGUGCGACGCCUUCGCCGCGCCGCCAUUGCCGGCCCAAAUGGUGUGACCUCUCGGGGGGGUUUUUUUUCCCUUUUUUUUUGCCGGUGAAAUACAUAUUUUUUAUUACCACCUAGAAACAUCUCGUUUGUUGAUGCCUUAUAAAAUGUACAUAAACAAAGAUUGAACUGAUUCCGAUUACACAAGAAAAACACACUGAAAUUGUUCAUGAGGACAUUAUAUGUCUUAGUUUGGAAUAUAGGAAUCUAAAACACACAGAAAACAAAUAAAAUUAUUAAGAUAGACACCAGCACAAAAUAAAAGGCAAACGAAGACACAUUCUUGCAAUAUCUUCUAUCUAUUAUAUACUAAAAGUCCAUUAAACUUCCUACAAACGCUCUAAAGCCGCCACGUGGCACUCCUACAAACACUCCUAAGUCGCCACAUGGCACUAUCUAAUCUUACCGUUGAUUUUCACUUAAAUUGGUGGACCCGUUAUUUUACACCAUUAGAUUAGAUCUAUUAUUAAAAAAAUAAUAACUUCCACAUGUUUAUAACAUACAAACGCUAGCUGCUACUGUUCGUAUGUAUGAGAUUGUACGAUACAAACGUUACUGAUGUUCUUUCCGUAACAUACAAACGUACAUGAUUGAAAAUAAAAUGAUCAAGCUUUCUUAACCUUCGCUGGAAGAAAAAAAAACCAUACACUUGUACAUAAAAAAGACACAAACAACAUACAUCCAUAAAAAUCAACCGUUUUUAAAAUAUGAUUUUCUACAAUAUAAAGAUAAAAUAUAUUA